GCCUCAGUCACUGACAAACUGCGGUUGUGCGAGGGUGGAUAUUGUUGUUGUUGUUUUUUUUGGCAAAAUUUCCCUUUUUGAGAAUAUUUCUCUCUUACCCGCCAAUUUUUGCCUAUCUUUUUUGUAUGCGAGGCAUUUAUUAUUUUUCACAAAAAAAUGAGACUCUAGAAAAGUAAGAAACACGCGACAGGUAAAAUCGUCCGUGAAAAAGUGAAUCGCAAAAUAUUGUUGUGAUCGAUCGUUAAAAAGUAGCAAAAAUGUCUAGUGCGCCGCUGUAUAGCGGAUUGAGUAAGCUCAAAAAGAAACAUUUUCGCGUUAAACAUCAAAAGGUUAAACUAUUUCGUGCAAAUGAGCCACUUCUAAGCGUAUUCAUGUGGGGUGUCAAUCAUACGAUAAAUGAACUCAGUCACGUCAACAUACCAGUGAUGCUAUUGCCAGAUGACUUUAGAGCGUACAGCAAAUUAAAAGUUGAUAACCACCUCUUUAAUAAAGAAAAUAUGCCUUCACAUUUUAAAAUAAAAGAAUAUUGUCCUCUUGUCUUUCGAAAUUUACGAGAAAGGUUUGGCAUCGAUGACUUGGAUUACAAAGAAUCAAUGACCAGAUCACAACCGACUUUGGAUGAUUCCUCGGGAAAAAGUGGAGCCAAAUUCUAUCAGUCAUAUGACAAAUUAUUCAUAAUCAAAACGCUAACAAGUGAAGAGGUCGAGAGAAUGCAUUCGUUUCUGAAACACUAUCAUCCAUACAUAGUGGAACGACAUGGAAAAACACUUUUGCCACAGUAUCUUGGGAUGUAUCGACUCACUGUUGACGGAGUGGAACAUUACGUUGUUGCGAUCAGAAAUGUUUUUUCAAAUCACUUGACUACACAUAAGAAAUUUGAUUUGAAAGGAUCGACAGUAGACAGGGAAGCUUCUGACAAGGAAAAGGAGAAAGAUCUUCCCACUUACAAAGACAAUGAUUUUGUAAAGGAAGGAAUGAAAAUUUACAUUGGCGAUGAGGCGAAAGAAAAAUUAAUAGAAACUUUAACAGCUGAUGUUGAUUUUUUGACGCGGUUACAUUUAAUGGACUAUUCCUUACUUCUUGGACUACACGAUUGCGUACGAGCCGAACAAGAAAAUCGAGAGCGGGCCGAAAGGGAGGAAGAUGAGGAUAAUCAUGACGACGAGGACGACAGCGAAUCCGGAAGUGGAUUAGACUCUCGGGGUAACGCUGUUGGAGAUCGCUUAUGGGGUUGGGGUGGAAUCAUAGGAAUGGCCACACCACCCGAGUCUCCUCAUGCAGCCCUAAUGCGUGAAACAAGUUUGCAGUAUGAAGAUGCAAUAAUUCCGGAAUUAGAUAUUUAUGCCAUUCCAAGCAAAGAAGGUGCACCUACGAAAGAAAUUUACUUCCUUGCUAUAAUUGAUGUCUUAACUCAUUACGGAGUUCGUAAACAGGCAGCGAAAGCUGCAAAAACGGUCAAAUACGGCGCAAAUGUUGAUGGAAUUUCUACCUGUGAUCCUGAACAGUAUGGCAGACGAUUCAUAGAAUUUAUGAGCAAAGCUAUAGAAUAAAUAAAUUUCGUGUUUUUAAUAUCAGAGACUCUUGACGUAUAAAGGGAAAGAGUAGUAGGAAAAAAAGGAAAAAAAAGAAAGAAAGAAAGAAAAAAAGAGAGAGAGAAAGAGAGACGCUGUUUUACGUCCAGUUCGUUUCGUAGUCACUAUAGUAUGAUAUUUGGCAAGACUGGAAAAUAUAUAUAACAAUUAGGCCAAUUUACAAUUUUUUUCGGUCUGUCCAAUGCUAAAUAAUUCACGACACUUUCUUCGAGAUCCAAACACUAGUCAAAAUCACUUUUCACAAAAAACAAAAAAAAGAAACUUUAAAAAAACAAAAAAAAAAACACUGCAAAGUAACACUGACGACGAAAUCAAACGCUCUUUUAAAACUAAACAAUUUCUUCAAAAAUGAACAUUUCACUGUUUGAAAUAAUAAACACUUUGGAAUAGUGACAAAACUAGAAAUCUAUUCUAGUGAUUUCCAAUAUAGUUAAAAAGAAAAAGUUCAUCAAUGUUGUGUGUAUUUGUAGUGCUUUCAGAAAGACUACUUAUAAAUCUAAUUAAAGAAGAGAAUAAAACACAACAUUGUUUUUUAUCUAAGAGUACUAUUUGGAAUUUUAUGAUCCUUUUUUUCGAAAAUUAAAAUUUUUAGCUCGGAAUUUUUUUUUUUUUGAAAAAUUAGGUACUUUAUAAAUUUUUUAAAUUAACUAAUAGUUUUAUUUCUCAUCUAGAAAACGUGGCUUUAAAUAAGUGAUAAAACUCAGUAAUUAUUUUAAUACAGACUUUUUUUCUGAUUAGAAUAACGAGGAAUUUGCUUUCCCAAAUAAUAUUCAAUUAUUUAUUUUUAUUUUAUUUUUUCUUUCUAUGCAAGGGAAAGCUUUAAGAAAAAUCAGAAGAAAGCGUUAUAUUGCUUGCUAGAAUAUUUAGCGAGUAUUUAAAAAAAAAAAUUGUGAAUUCUGUCCGGUUAAAAAAAAAAAAAAGCUCAAUGAGAGACUGGUUUUGCCAAUAACGAUAUCUUUUUAAAAAGCGAACUUUUCUGCUGGUUCCAGAAAUGCCAGCGGCAGAUUAAUUAAUCACAUUUUUCGAUUAAUCAAAAGCAAUUGUUUUACAAUUGAUAAUUAUUAGUUGUUUUUUUACCUGUGAAAAGGUACUCGUCUAGUCUCGAAUUCAAAUACUUUGUAUGAUUUUCUAUGUUGCCAAUGUAUUGAAUAAACUCGAAGCGAAAAAAAAA